AUGGCCAUGUUUCUUGCAUAUAUACCUCCGGACUAUGGCUUACGACGAAUGACUAUGCAGGGCAAAGUCGCCGAGCUGCGACUUGAGCUGAACAGCGGCAGCAAGAAGGAUAAGAACUUCACCCAGAAGAAGAUUGCCCUCAAGAAGAUCGUCGCCAAUAUGACCAUGAGCAACAACGAGAUGGUUUCCCUCUUCCCCGAUAUAGUGAGCUGCAUGCACAUCCAGAGCUUGGAGAUCAAGAAGAUGUGCUUCUUGUUCUUGGUGAACUACUCAAGGAUGAGACCUGAGAUAGCGAUAAAGGCGAUCCCAGUGUUGGAGCAGGAUAUGCAAGAUUCAAACCCGCUGGUCAGAGCUCUAGCUCUUCGAACCAUGUCCUACGUCCAUGUCCGCGAAUUCGUCGAAGCCACUGUUCCGAUUGUCAAACGACUACUACGAGACUCGGAUCCCUACGUACGUAAAACAGCUGCCUACUGCGUCGCGAAGCUAUACGACCAUGAUAAGGUCAUGGUAGAAAAGUCCGACUUGAUAGACAGGCUGAAUUCACUGUUGAGGGACGACAACCCAACGGUCGUGGCAAGCGCACUGGCUGGUCUAAUGGAUAUUUGGGAGCGUAGUGAUUCUAUCAAACUCACAAUAGACUACAGUAAUGCCUCCAAGAUGGUGGCUAUCCUGCCUGACUGCUCCGAGUGGGGCCAAACGUACAUCCUCGAGGCUCUUAUGUCCUAUGUGCCUCAAGAAUCAGGGGAAGCGACUCUGCUUGCGGAGCGUAUAGCGCCUCGCCUUUCGCACUCCAACUCCGCCGUCGUCUUGACGUGUAUACGAGUGAUACUGUAUCUCAUGAACUACAUCGGCGACGAAAAGCAAAUAUCAGCGCUAUGUCGGAAGCUGUCACCACCACUCGUCACAUUACUAGCAAAGGGCCCCGAGGUACAAUAUCUUGCAUUGAGAAAUGCGCUGCUUAUCCUUCAACGGCGGCCGGAUGUCCUGCGCAACGAUAUCCGCGUGUUUUUCUGCAAAUACAACGACCCUAUCUACGUCAAGGUGACGAAGCUCGAGCUGAUAUUCAUGUUGGCGAACGAGAAGAACAUUGACGAGGUACUGACGGAGUUACGCGAGUACGCAACCGAAGUCGACGUACAUUUUGUCCGGAAGGCCGUGCGCGCCAUCGGGAAGCUGGCCAUUAAGAUUGAGCCAGCAGCCCGACGGUGCAUAAACCUACUGCUCGAGUUGGUCGCCACCAAGGUGCCGUACAUCGUCCAGGAGGCCACGGUGGUGAUCCGCAACAUUUUCCGGAAAUACCCCAACCAAUACGAGUCCAUCAUCGGCACGCUCUGCGAGCACCUGGACUCCCUGGACGAGCCCGAGGCCAAGGCCGCCAUGGUGUGGGUCAUCGGGCAGUACGCAGACCGCAUCGAGAACAGCGACGCCCUUCUCGAGGACUUCCUAUACUCGUUCGCCGAGGAGCCGGUCGAAGUGCAACUCGCCCUCCUCACCGCAACCGUCAAGCUCUUCAUCCAGCGGCCGACCAAGGGACAGGACCUCGUCCCGCGCGUGCUGAAGUGGGCCACGGAAGAGACCGACAACCCCGACCUGCGCGACCGCGCCUACAUGUACUGGCGCCUCCUCAGCACCGACGUGGCCGCCGCGCGCACCAUCGUCAUGGGCGAGAAGCCGCCCAUCACCGCCGAGUCCGAGAAGCUCGACCCCCAGACCCUCGAGGAGAUGUGCCUCAACGUCGGCACCCUGGCCACCAUCUACCUCAAGCCCGUGCAGACCGUCUUCCGCAGCGCCCGGCCCAAGCGGCUCAUCGACUCGCCCGCCCUGCAAAAGCACGCCCUGCCCACUGCUGCCAACCUGCCCGGUUUCGAUGCCAACAAGAGCCUGUCCCAGUUCGGCGUCGGGAACCCGCCCGCCGUCGUCCGGCCUGGUGGUGGGGGGAACGCGAUCGAUACCGCGGCUGGGGCGGCGGCUGCUGCCUCCGCGGGUGGCGUCAUGGGCAUGGCGAGUGCGGUCAGUGAUGCCGACGCCUAUUUUGCUGGUAUCGGCAGCCAGCAGAUGGCGGCGAUGGGCAUCCACGAUCACGGGGGAGAUGAUUCGUUCAGUGGCGGCGGCAAUGAGACGGGCUAUGUGGUAAACCAAUAUGCGCCGCAGCAGGUCAUACAGCCGGCACAGGGUGUGGGCAGCAACGGGGAUUUGUUGCUCCUGUAG